AUGUUGCAGGAGAGGCGUCGAUUUCUUGACAGAGGAGAGAUGCCAGAAGAUUCAGAACUUGUUGGCAAGUCUGAAGAAGCCCCCAUUAAAUUAGAAAGUGUACCGAAAAGAUUGGAGAAGUCUUCUGAGAAGAUAUGCAUUCGAUCUCUCACACACCCUGGUCCGUCUACAUUUUCAGAAUCAACAGCAUCCUCGCCUAAACUAGCAAUCGCCCCGAUGUAUCAACCAGAGAUUCCUGCCCAACCAAAACCUACUCAAACUGUCGCAGGCAUGGAUUCAGCAGUGAAAAGGUCUGCAAAGACUGACCCACCGGGAGUCUCAAUUUUAGGUUGUGUCUCUGCAUCUUUUACCGAUGUACUCGGGCCUGUCAAUGAAAGAGUCCUCUGUCUAGAAUGUGGCAAGGAUUUCGUCAGCGACAGAGAGUUUCUUGACCAUUUUCAACCUACUCACGGCCGUAAUUUUGGAGAUCUCAAUCCAGCUAUGAUAAAUAAGAUAAGUCCUGGCGCGUUUCUGAAUAGCCUUCACCGUGCAUGGGCAAAUACAAGAGCCACAGAGCCAAUGUACAACAACUGGUAG